UGACACCUCCACUCCUUCCCACUACAGGCAGCUAACUUCACCCAAACUCUGACCUCUUGCUCUCUCCACUUAACUCCAGCCCACAGUAGCCAAGAGCGGACAAAGGCAGGGCAGCAUGAACAGAUCUCCCCAUCCCAUCCCACUGCUACCCACGGGCUCCCCGGAUGCCCUGGCUCCCCUACCACCGCUGCCUGCUCUCCAGAAUCCCUCCUCCCACUCUUGGGCCGCUCGGUGUGGGCCUCUCACCUGGGGGCUCAGCUGUCUUCUGGCUCUGCAGCAUUUCCUGGUCCUGGCUUCCCUGCUCUGUGCCUUCUACCUGCUUCUGCUUUGCAGUCUUCCCCCAGGUGCGCUCUCUUACUCCCCUGCUCAGCUCCUGGCCUCCAGCUUCUUUGCAUGUGGUGUGUCUACAGUCCUGCAAACCUGGACUGGCAGCAGGCUGCCUCUUGUUCAGGCUCCAUCCUUAGAGUUCCUUAUCCCCGCUCUGGUGCUGACCAGCCAGAAGCUGCCCAUGGCCAUCCAGACACCUGGAAACGCCUCCCUCACCAUGCGCCUGUGUAAUGGACCUGGCUGCCAUGGCCUGGAGCUCUGGAACACUUCUCUCCGAGAGGUUUCGGGGGCAGUGGUGGUGUCCGGACUGCUGCAGGGCAUGCUGGGACUGCUGGGGGGGCCUGGCCGUGUGUUUGCCCACUGUGGGCCCCUGGUGCUGGCCCCCAGCCUGUUUGUGGCAGGGCUCUCUGCCCACAGAGAGGUGGCUCAGUUCUGCUCUGCUCACUGGGGCCUGGCCUUCCUGCUUAUCCUGCUCAUGGUGGUCUGUUCACAGCACCUGGGCUCCUGCCAGGUACCCCCGUGCCUUUGGCGGUCAUCCUCAACCUCUUCAGCUCACAUUCACACCCCUGUCUUCCGGCUCCUCUCGGUGUUGAUCCCUGUGGCCUGUGUGUGGAUCACUGCCGUCCCGCUGGGUCUCAGCGUUGUCCCCCUGCAGCUGUCUGCCACUGCCGAGGCACCGUGGUUUUGGCUGCCUCACCCAGGUGAGUGGGACUGGCCCUUGUUGACACCCAGGGCUCUGGCUGCAGGCAUCUCCAUGGCUCUGGCAGCCUUGACCAGCUCCCUGGGCUGCUAUGCCCUGUGCAGCCAGCUGCUGCAUUGGCCUCUCCCACCUCCACAUGCCUGCAAUCGAGGGCUGAGCCUGGAGGGGCUGGGCAGUGUGCUAGCUGGGCUGCUGGGGAGCCCUCUGGGCACAGCAUCCAGCUUCCCUAAUGUGGGCACAGUGAGCCUUUUCCAGGCUGGAUCUCGGCGAGUGGCGCACUUAGCAGGGCUGCUCUGCAUGGGGCUUGGGUUCUCGCCCAGGCUGGUGCAGUUCCUCACCACCAUCCCACUGCCUGUGCUUGGUGGGGUGCUGGGAGUGACCCAGGCUGUGGUUCUGUCUGCUGGCUUCUCCAGUUUCCACCUGGCUGACAUUGACUCUGGGCGAAAUGUCUUCAUUAUGGGCUUCUCCGUCUUCAUGGCCCUGCUGCUGCCACGGUGGCUUCGGGAAGCCCCAGUCCCACUCAGCACAGGCUGGAGCCCCUUGGAUGUGUUACUGCGGUCACUGCUAGCACAGCCCAUUUUCAUGGCUGGAUUCUUGGGCUUCCUCCUAGAGAACACAAUUUCUGGUACACGGCUUGAGCGAGGCAUAGGUCAAGUGCUACCAUCUUCUUUCACUGCUCAAGAGAUUCAAAAGCCUCAGAAGUCCAGGGAAAAGGCUGCUCAAGAGUAUGGGCUUUCUCUCCCUAUCCAAAAUCUGUGUGCCUGCAUCCCCCGGCCCCUCCGUUGCCUCUGCCCAGUGCCUGAAGAAGCUGGGGAUGAAGAAAGAGGGCCCUCUGAGCCAGGAGAGACGGCAGACUUGUUGCCUGGCUCCAGGGAGCCCUGCCCUGCCUCGGACAGAGAAGCGCUUAGAUCUCUGUAAUUACCAAGAGUCCUAUUUCUGCCCUAUUAGUUUAUCCCUAAUUUGCAUGCUUGCUGGAGAGUGAGCACCCAGGCUCUACUUUGUCCUAGAGAGUGAGGGUGUGUGUGUGUGUGUGUGUGUGUGUGUGUGUGUGUGUGUGUGUAUACACAGCAUGGCCGACUUAGAGACCCCAUUCCCAACAGGAUGGGUUGCCUUUCCUUCCAGAGUAGGGGCCAUGAUUUAAUGCUCAUGAAUGAAUGAGAUUUGCGUGGGAACUAUUAAUGCCUCAAGAGCCGUAGUAUUCACUUAACAAAUAUUUAUUUAUGUGGAUAUGACAAGGUCCCUGUCCUUCCCAGCAAUUUAGGAUUGAAAAAGACCCAUGUAAUGACUAAAAUGACCGCAGAAGGCAUUCUGUAGUAAAGAUGCAAAUAACGCCGUGAGAGCUGA